AUGAUGAAAUGCGCGACUUUCCCUGACCAGGAGCUAGCUGAAAAGCUGGUCGAUCUUUACUUUGAACACGCCAAUCCUCAGAUGCCGAUUCUCCACCGGGGAGAUUUCAUGGAGCUGUUGGAUAAGACUUAUUUGUUAGAAGAGAAGAAGCGUUCUCCGCGCGCCCUUUAUGUGCUUAAUAUAGUAUUUGCUAUUGGUGCUGGAAUCAUCUUUGAGGAUAAGCCUCAAAGUUCGGAUGAUGAGAAUCGCAGUAGUCGUGACCGGUCCUCGUCUGGGACGAAGAGACCGAGACUCUCGAGCCAUCAGUACCAGCCAGAGGAAUACCAUGCCUCGGCAAUCGUUCACUUGGAAUCGUUCCUUGGAUCGUCCUCCAGCGAGGGCUUUGGUGGAUUGGAAGAGCUGCAGGCAGUGCUUCUUCUAGCCAGCUUUGCCCUAUUACGACCCGUUGCACCAGGUCUCUGGUAUAUCGUCGGUGUAGCCACGCGCUUAGCCGUCGACCUUGGGCUCCAUUACGAGGAUGGAGCGGGCAUUGACUCUGCAACGAAAGACGGCAACCAAGCGCAGUCACGGAUCGAUGCUCGUGAACGCGGACGGCGCGAAUGGGUGCGCGAUAUCCGACGCCGGUUGUGGUGGUGCGUCUACAGUUUUGAUCGUCUGGUAGCCACGUGUGUUGGGCGGCCAUUCGGCAUCAGCGAUCAGGCCAUCAGCACAGGGUUCCCGUCCAUGAUGGACGACAAAUACAUCACCAAGUCCGGUCUCCUGACACCACCGGACGGGGCCCCGACAUAUAAGCAUGUCGCAUUCCACUAUUUUAAACUGCGACUUCUUCAAUCCGAGAUCCACGAUGUCCUCCAAUACCAACAGGCGCGCGCGGUGCGGAGGAGAGGCCCUGGUGCAGUUAUUCUCCCUCACGCUGAGCUUUCCUCCCCUUUCCUUCAGGGCUUUGACUCGUUCCGCUCGUGGCGCCAUGAUGUGCAUCGCCGACUAGUUGAGUGGCAAGAUACUGCCCCGACACGGCCGGAAACCGGCGUGAGAUUCUCCAUUGAGCUGCUUGAGUUGAAUUACUGGCAAGCUAUCAUUUUGCUGUACCAGCAGAGCUUGACGGUUCCUGCUGAAUUGGCGGGAGAGCUUACUCCUGCGGAUGACGUUUCUAGUCCGUCCUUUUCUAAUCCCGAUGAAGGUGACGAGGAGGACCAUGUCUAUCUUAAUGUUGCUGAGGCUGGUCAGAAGGUCAUUCGUAUCUAUCGCCAAUUGCAUAGAGUGCGCUUGGUGAAUUAUACCUAUCUUGCUACACAUCACAUUUUCAUGGCUGGAAUCUCCUUCUUAUAUGCCAUUUGGCAUUCACCUUUGGUUCGAAGUCGCCUAACCCUCGAUGAAGUCGACUUCACUGUUCUCGCUGCAACUUCUGUUCUAGGCGACCUGAUGCACAAAUGCCCACCGGCCGAAGCAUGCCGGGACGCGUUCGAGCGCAUGAGCAAAGCAACCGUCCAAAUGUGUCUUUCAACAACCGGAUUCGGAUUCCAAGUAGACAUCAGCCGUGUCCAUGCCACAUCAAAUACCGGCAGCUCACUCCACCCCGGCCGGCCGCGACAGCCUAUGGACCAACGACACCGCGCAGGCCAAGGGCAAGCCCGGCGAACGACGCAGACACGCCCGUCCCGUCCAGUCCCCAAGUUCGACAUGAACUUGGCUGAUCUCUUCACCGAAAAUACCCCCUUAGCCGACCACUCUCGACCGGAAACCAGACCCGGAGGGUCAUCCUACCCUCAACCAGAAUCGGUGGCCCCCAACUUCCCAGCAGACCAGUCUUCCCGGUCUUAUGGACAGCCCAAUCCGUCGAUAGAUUACUAUCUCAAGUACGAGAAUCCAAACUCCCCACAACCGCACCCGCAGUUCUACUACUCGAACUCGCCGCAACAAAGUGGAUCUCCCGGUAGCAACACUCACACUCAGGGUUUGCCGUCUGCCGACACCGAGGCUCCGCAAGGUAUGAGUCUUGACUUCUUGGAUUUUGGGUCGGGCGAUGCUGAAGGCCAGGGUAAUAUGGAAGGCGAAGCCAAUCCUGAUUACAAUAUGACGGCCGUGCCAUCAUUGGGUCCCAACCUGGGCCAGAAUGUUGGAAUCGAUCUUGGCUUUGGUAUGGCGAUGGACUUCCAGCAUGACUGGAGUGAGAAUCCCAAUUACGAUCUUUUGGAGGGCUAUUUCUUUGGUGGUUCUGGGGCUGGCGCACCUGGAGGGGAUGUCUAG